UAUUAUGGGAGCAGGCUGUUGCAAGUCAAGACCAGUGCCUCGGAACAGGUACAGCGUUGUAAAGAUCCUUGAUUCCAAAGAAUGUCAAAUAAGUGGCAGUUUUAUGAAUAAUAAAAAACAAGAGAAAGGCAAAAACCAGGCUUACGAAUUUUUGAUCAAUUCUAAGAAUAAGAAAUAUAGCCAGAAUGGGACCCUAGGAGUUGGGUAUGCAGAACAUAAAGGAAAAAUCGCUUCCAUGGAUGAUAAUAAUUGGCCAGGCAAUAAGUUGUCUCUAGAUACCAAUAUAGGCGGUAACAACAGCUUUACAAAAUUCAAGCCUGUAGCUAAAUCAGCCCAGUCGUUCCACAAUAUAUCAAGCAGUAAAGUUGUAGAAGAUGGGAAGAACACAGGGAGUGAUCAGACCCCGUCCAACCUCACCAGUCUUGCUGAUGCUGAAGAGAGAGGAAGUAUGAUCACGAAGUUUUCAAAUCUGAAAAAGAGAGAACAAAUUGAUGACGAUAAAAUCCUGUCACAACUCAUUGACUCGAACUGUCAGCAUUCUUAUCACUCUAAUUUCAAGGAUUCUUUGAGGAAUUUGUCAAGCCCGAUGAAGAAGAGAAAACAAUCAAACGGCAAAGAAGAGCAUGUAAUCUCAAAGAUCUCAGAAGUUGUUGACAGUAACAACUCAGUAUCGGCAAAAUCAUUAAACAGCGGAGCAAGUCCUAAACAUAAGGAGCAGAAAGAGAAAACUUCUGUUGAGCAGAAAGAGUCUGGCAAGACCAAUGAGGAUGCUAAGGAAACCCUUAAAAUUCCUACUAAUAACAAGACUAUGAAGGAUUUUGACUUCCAUCUUUUAGAAGUCAUCGGAAAGGGUAAAAUUAGUAUGGUUUAUAAAGGCGUCAACCUUCUAAAUGGAUGUGCAAUCGCGAUUAAAUACAUGGAGCACAGGAAGCCCAGUUGACUUGAUCAAUUACAGGAGAAUGUAGAUACACUACGUGAGAAGCUCUGCAAGUCUGAGCAGUUUAUUAUUUACCAUAGGGUCGACCUCGACUCUCAAUUUGACCUAAUUAUGCUGAUUACAGAAUUCACACCUGAAGAAAGUCUAAGGGAGUACAUUGAACAGUACGGGUUCGUGGACGAAUCCACUGCUGUAAAGAUAUAAUAGCAGAGAUUGUUAUCGGGCUUAAAUUGUUAGAGAAAGCAAAAUAGCUUUCAUGGCAGGCUCAAGCUGAACAAUAUCUAUAUGGACAAGAAGUUCAAAAUAAAAAUGAAUGAUUAUGGGAUCUAUAACGAGAUUUAUAGGGGGCUUAAGAAGAGUGCCAGCUCUGAUAUAAACUCUACCAGUAAGACACCUAGCAUGUCAAGCAAUAAGUCUUCUUCCCGUCCUGGAGAUAAUGAUAACAAAAUAGAACGAACACCCAAAAUGAGCUUUGUAGAGGGUCUCAGAGUAGACGUAUAUUUCCUAGGCAUUGUUAUCCUCAAAAUUCUUGGUAAGAUGAGGAUUGAGGAAGGAGAUAAGUUGAAUAUGACUUCAUUGCUACAAAUCUCAGAUAUUUCAGUGUUUUACCAAAAUGAAUCUCUAAGUGAGGAAAUGAUCAAUUUCCUAGAUGUCUGAUUUUUCGAUCCAAAUAUUACAUUGAGUGAAUUGAUGAUGCACAAACUAAUAUCAGUGAAUGUUGAUCAAUCUGAAACUAUCAAAAAUCUUAAUGAAGCAGCAUCACACUCUCCAUAUAAUUCUUCUAAGAACUCUGGGACGAACAGCACAUCGAAAGUUCUGAAGAGGUAUCUCACCAGUGGGACUAAUGAGGGAUCAAGCUCUGAGUUUCUUUCAGAAACUAACUCAAACUUCCUGAGGAGCUCAAUAGACACCUUUAAGGACAAGGAGAAGAUCCAAAGCGUUCUGUAUGAAGACAGCUCUUAUAUUCUAAAUAAGCUCAAAUCAAUGAAUAAAAGGAAAUCAGAAGUGACCGGGAGAAGACAGUUGAAGAGACCUUCGACGUUUAAUUUACCAAAAACACUCAAAGUUUCUUCAAAUGCUGAUUCUGUUAGCUUAUCCAGUUCCAGUCCUGGAUCCUUCAGCCGUACACUUGAGCGAGGUAGCCUCAAGAACAGAGUCAUCGUGAUGGGUGGAGAAGACCGAAUGAAAAAGGAGCAUGAACCAAUCAUCGAAGAUGUGGAUGAAGCUGACGAAGAUGAAGAUGAAGUUCAAUCCCAAGUUCAUUCAACUAGGAAGAAAAUGAGUACUGUGAAGGUAAAAAUCCAGAAAUUAGCCGACCAUGAAGUUGAUGAUAAUUAGUGAAGUUUUCAUGCAGUUCUCGUCUAGAUGCCCAAUAAAUCAAUGCUGCAAAAGU